GAUGACAAGCUCCUUUGCAGUGUUGCCUCACCCUUGGUCAUUCUAGAAGCAACAUCUUUUAUCACAAAAAUUUAGGAACCACAUCAGAAAUUACAGUUUUUACAUAGACCACAUCUUUGGACUACUACCUACUACAAGACCCAGGGCAUUCACAAUGAGCAUUAGUGAAGACGACGUGGAGAAGUUUCUUGAUGGCAACCCUGCUUUUGCGAAGCAGUACUUUGAGAAGAAACAAGGAACAGAGUCCUGGGAUAGCAAUGAGAGUGAAAUACUUUUUGAGUUGAUCCAAGACAUGCAAGAAAGCAUCAACAUGGAGAAAGUUGUUUUCAAGACCUUGAGAAGAAUCAGGUCCCUUAUUCAUGCUGACCGCUGUAGUCUUUUCAUGUACAGGCAGAGAAAUGGCACGCCUGAACUGGCAACAAGGCUCUUCAACAUCCAAGAGGGAAGCACCCUGGAGGAAUGCUUGGUUCCCCCAGACUGCGAGAUUGUCUACCCGUUGGACUUGGGCAUUGUGGGCUACGUUGCGCAAACCAAGAAAACCAUGAACAUCAAGGAUGUCAGUGAGUGUGCCCAGUUCAGUUCAUUUGUUGACGAGCUCACCGACUACACUACGAAAAGCAUCCUUGCAACACCCAUCUUGAAUGGCAAAGAUUUAGUUGCUGUCAUUGUGGCUCUUAAUAAGCUGAAUGGUCCCUACUUCACCAGCUCUGAUGAAACACUUUUUCUGAAGUACUUGAAUUUUGCCUCCUUGAACUUGAAAAUUUAUCACUUGAGUUAUCUUCACAAUUGUGAGACUCGAAGAGGCCAGGUGCUGUUGUGGUCAGCUAAUAAGGUUUUUGAGGAACUGACAGACAUUGAGAGGCAGUUCCACAAGGCUUUUUACACAGUGAGAGCAUACCUGAACUGUGACCGGUACUCAGUAGGUCUCCUGGACAUGACAAAGCAGAAGGAAUUUUUUGACCUGUGGCCAGUUCUGCUGGGAGAAGUUCCCCCCUACUCAGGGCCUCGCACUCCAGACGGCAGGGAAAUAGUCUUUUACAAGGUCAUCGAUUAUAUAUUACAUGGAAAAGAAGACAUCAAAGUCAUUCCAAAUCCUGCCCCGGAUCACUGGGCACUGGUUACUGGAUUGCCAACCUAUGUGGCUGAAAGUGGAUUUAUUUGCAACAUUAUGAAUGCUGCUGCAGAUGAGAUGUUUAAUUUUCAGGAAGGUCCUCUAGAUGAAUCAGGAUGGACUAUCAAAAACGUUCUCUCCAUGCCAAUAGUCAACAAAAGGGAAGAAAUUGUUGGUGUUGUCACGUUUUAUAACAGAAAAGAUGGGAAACCAUUUGACGAACAGGACGAGACCCUCAUGGAGUCCUUGACACAGUUCCUGGGCUGGUCUGUACUCAACACAGACACAUAUGACAAGAUGAACAAGCUGGAGAACCGGAAGGACAUUGCCCAGGAUAUGGUGCUCUACCAUGUGAAAUGUGACAAGGAUGAAAUCCAGGAAAUUCUGCCAACAAGAGAAAAGCUGGGGAAGGAGCCAAGUGAGUGUGAGGAAGAUGAGCUGGCAAGCAUCCUGAAAGAAGAACUCCCAGGGCCCACCAAGUUUGAAAUCUACGAGUUCAGGUUCUCUGAUUUUGACUGCACUGAGCUAGAGCUGGUGAAGUGUGGCAUUCAGAUGUACUACGAGCUUGGUGUGGUGAAGAAGUUCCAGAUCCCGCAGGAGGUACUGGUAAGGUUUGUGUACUCUGUCAGCAAAGGCUACCGGAAGAUAACUUACCACAACUGGCGCCAUGGCUUCAACGUCGCGCAGACCAUGUUCACACUCCUGAUGACUGGCAAACUGAAGCGUUAUUACACAGACCUCGAGGCCCUUGCAAUGGUAACUGCUGCUCUGUGCCACGAUAUUGACCACAGGGGAACCAACAACCUUUACCAAAUGAAAUCUCAAAAUCCUUUAGCUAAACUUCAUGGAUCCUCAAUUUUAGAGAGACAUCACUUGGAAUUUGGAAAAUUCUUGCUCUCUGAAGAGUCGCUGAAUAUAUGUCAGAACCUCAACCGCAGACAGCAUGAGCACAUGAUUCACCUGAUGGAUAUUGCCAUUAUAGCCACAGACCUGGCACUCUACUUCAAAAAGAGAACAAUGUUUCAGAAAAUUGUUGACGAGUCCAAGACAUAUGAUAGCACGACUGCCUGGACUGAAUACCUGUGUCUGGAGACAACAAAGAAAGAGGUUGUCAUGGCCAUGAUGAUGACUGCCUGUGAUUUGUCAGCAAUCACGAAGCCUUGGGAAGUCCAGAGUAAGGUAGCUCUGCUGGUAGCAGCUGAGUUCUGGGAGCAAGGAGACUUAGAAAUAAGCGUCCUUCAGCAACAGCCUAUUCCCAUGAUGGACCGGAGGAAAGCUGCUGAGCUUCCAAAGCUUCAAGUGGGUUUCAUCGACUUUGUGUGCACAUUUGUCUAUAAGGAAUUUUCCCGUUUCCACGAGGAAAUUCAGCCUAUGCUUGAUGGGCUGCUGAAUAACAGAAAUGAGUGGAAGACCCGUGCUGAUGAGUAUGAUGCAAAAAUGAAAGCUCUGGAGGAAGAGAAGAAAAAAGAGGAAGAGAAGAUGGCUGCAAAUAAAGAUGGAAUAACCUGCAAUGGAGGAACAGCUCCAGCUUCCAAAACCUGUAGCAUACUUUAG